AUGUUUCGAGACCAUCGGAAAUUGAAGGCAUUAAAAAAUUAUCGAAAGAGAAAACAUCAUCGCCUCGUUGAGUUAGUACAAUAUAGUAUGCUACACAUUGGCAUGACUGAUGAAGAAUGGAUUAACAAUGUUUUGAAAAGCUUUAUGGAAAAAAAUGGUCUAAAUAGCUGUCCAAUUGUAAUAAUGAUUGGACAAAAGUGUUACUUGGUAAUAAGAUGUGAUCGAAAGGAAGAGUACAUAUUUGUUAUUGAUUUAUAUGCGAUUAAGGUGACAAAUAUUUGCACAUUCAAUGCCGAUGAAGAGCUGAAGAAGAAUGAGGAAAUGAGAGUAGGAUAA